UUGUCGGCCAACCCAAUGGCGCGCAGGACCGACGGAACGACGUGGGCGACGGACCCGCUCGACGCGCUCUUCCUCGAUGAGACGCAUGGGCGCAUGGAAGAGAUCUCGCUCUCGCAUGUGUCGGACUUUCUCGCCGAGCUCGGCGACUUUGCAGCGCCGGCCAAGCCGCCACGCCAGCCGCAACCAACCGCCGAACCGAGUUCGAGCCCAUCGUCGUCGUCGUCGUCGCCGUCCUCGACACUGCCAACGGCGCCGACGAAGCGCAUGCGCACGACGCCGAAAGAAGAGCUCGAGUACCUCCACUCCAAGCAGCGGUACCUUCUGACGCAGUUGAAGACACUGCAAGCCGCGGUUAUCGUGCCAACCGACGACGACCCAUGGCACAAACGUGCGCAGAACCAGGCACAAGCUGCCCAGCGCGCGCUGCAAGAGAACGUCCGGCUCAAGGCAGCGUACGAGGACCAGCUCAAGAUGAUCCAGGCGCUCGAGCGCGUCUUUCAGAAGAAGCCCAAGCUCACCCACCCGACGCCCAAGCACCACGACUUGCUGCCGUGGCGAAGGUACAUGCUCGGCGUCGAGAACCGCGAGGAGGAUCUCGAGGCCAUCUUGCGCCAUCAGUACGACAAGCUCGACACCGAGUUCAUCCGGCACAAGGUCUACCCGCUGCGGGAUUCGCUGGUCGGUGACGACACGUUGACCACGCGCGAGUUUGUCGAGAGCACCGCAGACAACAUUGUGCUGCAUCUCGUACGAUGCAAGCGCUGGCCCAUCGACUAUGAAUCGUUUAGUCGAAUUCUCUGGGACUUUGUCUCGCUCAACGUCAAGAUUCCAGUCAAGAACAAAGUCGACUCGGAGCGGCUUCAGAGCUUUCAGAACGACACGCUCGUGUACACGCGCCAUACCGCGCGCACGUGGAGUGAACACAUGGACAUUCCGCCCGUCGAAGGCCGGACUGCGUCCAUGCGCUUCGUAGAAAAAGACCGCGUCGUGAUCGUAUGGAAGUCAAUUGCCGACGAUGCGCUCGUGCCCUUUUCCGACCAAGUCCACGUCAAAGACAACAAAGCCGGCUGGGCUGUGAUUACGCCCGACGGACCCCACGGGUGCCGCCUCGCCGCCUACUCGCGACUCACGACACCCGUGCUCCCAUCCAUGCAGCGCGGCUCGAUGACCGAGACGAUCUUGAGUCUGUAUGCAACCAACUCGGGCCGCUUUGACGCGGCCUUGACGGCCGAAGUCGAAGCGCGGCGCCAAGCCAUGCGGUCGUCGUGCUAAGCGUCCUCCAGCGUCGUCCACGCCAUAUGCUAAUAGAAGUAGUUUCCAUAUCCCUA